AUGGCUGUGGUAUACAAGUCGGGGGACCACCACGCCCCGGGCGAGGAAGACUGCGAGGGGUGCCGCAAGAUACACCAGGACCUGGUUGAGCUAUCGGUUGGCUCCGAAUCUUCCGAGGAGUACGAAGAUGAAGACACAAUGCCGUCCGCCAUCGCGGCUUCCGACCUAUCCACGAACCUCAGCGACACAGACGACUACUCCCAGGUCGCCCCCGAACUCCUUCACAACCUCAAGCACGACAGCUCCGUUCUCGCUCUCGCUGUCAGCGCCGAGAGCGAACGCAUAUACGCCGGUACCCAAGAUGGAGAGAUUGUCGUGUGGUCCCUGGCCACUUUCCACCAGGAACGCAUCGUCCAGGCCCACAAGCGCAGCGUGCUGAGCCUGUUCCUGACGCCCGACGGCUCCAUGCUGUUUUCGAGCGCCGGAGACCCUCUCAUUAACGUCUGGUGCCCCAAGACGAUGAAGCGGCUCUACGAGAUUUACAGCACCUACGAUGUCGGCGACAUUUUCUCCGUGGCCUACAGUGCUCAGCAUGAGACGGUGUACGUCGGCGCGCAGAACACAUCGAUACAAUGGGUCAGCCUGACCGAUCCGAAUAACCGUACCACCCACGACUCUUCACAACAUCCCGACCGUCGGAAUCAUAGGUUCUUCGACUCGCGAGCUGUUGGAGGAACGACGACGCCGCGCCGUAACGACGAGAGGUGGACCUUGAUCCCGCGGUCUGAAAAGGUGGUGGAAAUUCAUCCAGGGGCUCUGCAGAUGUUUGCCCACUACGGCUACGUCUACUCGAUGCUCAUGGCCAAGGGUCCGACUGUGCUUGUGGAACCUGACGAAGAGGUGCUCAUCUCAGGCGGCGGAGACGGUACCAUCAAGUUGUGGAAGCUUGGCGCUGAGGGAGAUGAUCAGGCUGCGAAAAACGACCGCGAACCCGGCCUUCAGGAGCUAAUGUCACUGGGGGCCGACGAUGCGGAAUCAGUCAUGUCCCUUGCGAUUGACGGUUCAUUCCUGUAUGCUGGAAAGCUGCAGGGAGUCAUCGAGCUGUGGGACCUGGACACCAAGUCGAAGUUGCGAGUGAUCAAGGGUCACAGGGGUGAUGUGAUGACACUACAGAUGGGCUGGGGCUACCUCCUGAGCGCUUCUCGCUCGGGUUCUGCAAGUAAACACACUACUGUCCACUACGGCAAGUACCAGGACAAGCAGGUUGCGAAUAUUAGCCAAAAGUACCAGUGCGUAGCGCGCUGGAAGGCUCACGAGGGCAAGGUUCUUUCAUCAGCGGUGACAACAUACAACAACAGACAGUACUACAUCACCGGCGCCAACGACGACGAUGUUGCCAUCUGGCGCAUUGACUGCUCAUCUUAUGAGGAUCAACAAAAUGAGGUGGAGGAAGCCAACGACGUUAUGAUUAAGACGCUUGGAGAGUUUGUGUCCUACCGCACAGUAUCAUCACGUCCAGAAUUCGCAGAGGACUGCCGGAGAGGCGCAACAUUUCUCGGAUCCUUGUUCAAGCGGCUUGGUGGUCACGUCGAGAUGCUGAGCACGGAGAGCAGCCCCCACAACCCAGUUGUUCUCGCCAAAUUUGAUGGUGUUCUAGAGCCGGCCGAGAAGCGCAAAAAGAUACUCUUCUACGGCCACUACGAUGUCGUCCCGGCAGAUACUAAGAAGGGCAAGUGGGGGACGGACCCGUUCCAAAUGAAGGGUGUCAACGGAUAUCUCUACGGUAGAGGUGUCAGUGACAACAAGGGCCCUAUCAUGGCUGCGUUGUUUGCCGUGACGGAUUUGCUGCAAGCCAAGAAGCUUGCCAACGACGUGGUCUUCCUGAUUGAGGGAGAGGAAGAAUCGGCAUCUCGCGGGUUCAGGGAGAUUGUUCGGAAGAACAAGGACCUGAUCGGCGACGUCGACUACAUCCUGCUUGCCAACAGUUACUGGCUCGACGAUGAGGUACCCUGCCUGACCUACGGUUUGCGCGGCGUUCUGCACGCCACCGUUUGCGUCGAUUCACAUCUGCCCGAUCAGCAUUCCGGUGUAGACGGCUCGUACAUGAACGACGAGCCACUGUCCGAUCUGACAUCUACGCUCUCGAAGCUGAAGGGCCCCGGCAACAAGGUGCUCAUCCCCGGCUUUUACGACGACAUCCUCCCUGUCACCGCCGAGGAGGAGACGAGAUACGACGACAUCGCAUCGACGCUCAUGCGACAAAACCCGGAAAAGGGGCCCGCCGACAAGCUCAAGGCCGCGUUGAUGGCCCGGUGGAGGGAGCCCAACUUGACGAUCCACCGGUACAAAGUAUCAGGACCAGAUGGCAGCCUGGUCAGCAGCCACGCGAGUGCUAACAUCAGCUUGCGUCUGGUGCCAGGCCAGGAGGUCAACGACGUCAUUGCUUCGCUGGGCACGUACCUCGAGAGCGAGUUCGCGCAGCUUGAGUCCAAGAACUCGCUGACCAUCAAGAUUGAUAACAAGGCCGAGCCGUGGCUGGGCGAUCCCACCAACGCCAUCUUCCAGACGCUCGAGGAGGCCAUUAUGCAGUCCUGGUCGUCCGUAUUUGAAGGCGGAGGAGAUUCUGCGGGUGCAAGUGACAACGCCGGCGGGCCCGCAGCUGAGACGGACCAAACGAAGGCGCAGAAGCCCAAGAAGCCCCUGUACAUUCGUGAGGGCGGCUCGAUUCCCGCGAUCCGUUUCCUCGAGAAGGAGUUUGGCGCCCCGGCCGCCCACUUGCCCUGCGGACAGUCGUCGGAUUCAGCUCAUUUGGACAAUGAGAGGUUGAGGGUCCUGAACCUUCUGAAGAGCCGGGAGAUUAUCGGAUCCGUGUUUGCCCGUUUGUAA